AUGCCACAUAUCAGUACCCAUCAGUGCACAUCAAUGCCACAUAUCAGUUCCCAUCAGUGCACCCAUCAGUGCACAUCAAUGCCACAUAUCAGUACCCAUCAGUGCUGCCUUUCAGUGCCAGUCAGUGCCACCUAUCAGUGCCACCUUUCAGUGCCAGUCAGUGCCGUCUAUCAGUGCCAUCUAACAGUUCCAAUCAGUGCCGCCUAUCAGUGCCCAUCAGUGCCACCUAUCAGUGCCAUAUAUGAGUGCUGCCUUUCAGCGCCCAUCAGUGAUGCCUGUCAAUGCCCACCAGUGAUG